CCUGCUCGGGAUGCGCAAUCGUAUAGUUGCUGCUCGGUGCCGUGUUACAAGAAACAUAAAGAGACGGAAUGCUCACCUGACAGGACGCGCGAAGUUGCCACCCGUCCUCAGUCAUUGGAGCCCUCUCCUCCUCCCCUCGCCGAACCUUUUGAAGCACCUCCGCCCGAGGAAGAUGCGCCGCCCUUGCGCCCGCUGACAUCGCUGAACUGGCCCUACGUCCCAGAAGAAUCCGCAUACCCAGAUCCGUUGAAACGAGACGAUCCAAAAG